CUUUGCUUUCUCAUUGGACUAAUCAUUUCAUCAUUUCUUCUCUUCCUAAUCCAAACUACAAAAAUCAAUGGCGGACUCUCUUCCCCUCAGCAUGGCAGAAAGUGUUCUUGGGAAGUUGGGCUCUCUUGCUUUGGAAGAAUUCUUCUUGGCAUGGGGACUUGAAACCGAUCUUGAGAAGAUUAAGCGGAACUUGAAGGUCAUCGAAGCCGUGCUUUUGGAUGCAGAGCAGCAGUUGUCGCUGAAUCCACGGAUAAAGAUUUGGCUGGACAAUCUCAAACAAGUCCUAUAUGAUGCAGAAGAUGUGGUGGAUGAGUUUGAGUGUGAAGCUUUGCGAAGCAAAGUGGUCAAGUCUGGGAAAACCACUCGAAAGUCAGAUGGAGGUUAAGUGUGCUGAGGCAGUGACUUUUCGAGAGGUAUUGAGCUGGAUUAAAGAGUGCGGAUGAGAUCGAGUUCUUUUCAAAUCGGAUGCUCAGUUUCUUAUUGUGUCCCUUUUAUCACCUUUUGGUCUUUUGGUUUAAAAUUGUAAAUUGCUUCUAUCCAGUUAUGAGGAAGCAAGAUGUGCUUUUAUUCACAAGUGGUCUGCGAAUGAUGUCGCUCAUAUUCUAGCAACAUCGGCUCAUUCUGAGUCAAGUCAAGGAAUUUGGGUUCAUAUCCCUCCUCAUUGUACAGUUUUCUUGAUAGCUUUGAAUUAAUAAUAUUUUUUUCA